AUGCAGCACCGAGGCGGUAGGUGGUGGAAGUCGGCAGUAGUGUACCAUCAGCCACCGUGAGUUCACCCCUCCCACUCGUUGCAAGUACCACCGUCGCUGACUUGGGCCACUGCCCUCUCGUCUUGACUCGGAUCGUCACCAGCCUCCGAUCGCACGCUCUUGAUCGAAGAGGGGCCCACGGCAGUCCUGGUCGUCUUGCGAGGUAAAAAGUUUGGGAGAGGUUUUUGGUUGUCACUGUAUCGGGUCAGUCCCGCUUGUGGCCACCUCCGAGCAUGUACCGCCACCGCCACCGCAGCUGCCAUCAUCGGCCGGACCCGACCUCGUUCGACGGACUUGGGCUGACCUUGCUCUCACCUGUACCUUUGCAUGCCCGUUCAUCUUCAUCUACCUUCACACUUCAUCUACCUUCACAUCUACCCUCACAUCUACCUUCACAUCACACCAUCUUCACCUCCAUCACCAUCUUCACCUCUACAUCGAUUCUCGUCUUCACCUUCACCCUUCACCCUUCCCCAUCACGUUCGCUUCCACCUCGAAACACCUCCACCUCACCACCUUCAUCCCUUGUCUUCACCUCUACGUUUGUUCCUCCCCAUUGCACCUCCACCUUCGACGUGCCCUCAUUUCAUGCUGCUCUUUCUUUGACCUUGAUCUUGAUCGUCAACCUCCCCUUCACCGCACCGUCAACCUCUUGCUUACGUCAUCCACCACCUCCACCUCCACCUCCACCUCCACCUCCACCUUUGCCUCCACCUCGGGAUUUGGCGUCACAGGGAGCUUCCUUGUCCGCCAAUUGGCAGUGCAAGACGUCAUGACCGGUAUCAAUGAUGAAUCAACAACUUUGUCCACAAAAAGUGAAUUUUAUGCACACCAAGUGUGACUACCUACCAGUAGUUCCGUUUGCUCGAAGGUAAAGUUGCGAGCUGCUGCUAACAUGCAUAGUCACGCGCUGCCAGCAGCUGCUUCAACUGGCAAUGCGGCGGGACAGGUCAGACUCGAGGGUGGGCAUGAUGGAGAGGAAGUGGGGACGUGUGGGGGUUCGCCGUGUCUGCUUUUUUAGUCUUUUUCUCACGUGCACGUGUCAGGCCGCGUUGCACAGCGACUCCGACGGGUGUCCUCUUCUUUGUUUUCUCAUGGUUUGGGUGA